UCCAGUGAGAAGGCUUCAUGUCAGGAAGGAUCUCUCCACACGUCCUGAGACCAAUUCUUUAUAUACUCACCAGGGCACUUCAAGUACAAAUGCACUCUACUCGAGGAACUGCUGGAUUGAAAAGAUGGAGCGUUUAACAAGCUCGGAAAUGAUGUACAGCAUGUUCAGGUCGAUGUCCAUGUCUAAAUGGACGUUGCAGUCGUUUUUCUAGCUGACGGAAACACAUAAGGUAAAUGGGGACUUCCUGAAGUGUCACAAAUCAAAUACCUUCCAGUCAUUGGAUGGAAGUACCAUGCCGCAUUCGAGGCUUCAGGUCAGACCAUAUGUAGACGAGUGUGCCCUAAACCAACGAGAACUUUCUGUUCCCCAGUCCUGUCCCAUCUACAGGCUAUAUCGAAGCAAGUCAACCAGCUUUCCCGAUGGAGCUGUCUGAAUUGGAGGCUCAUUUUGAGCGGCACUGGGCGUCUACUUCUACGUCGGGAGCCGACCGUAUGGAACCAAAUGAUCGUCGGACAAUCAGAAGUUUCAGAAAUCUGGACGAUGUGAACGAAAACGUUCUCACGGAGCUGGACGAUACACCAUCGGAUUCCGCUGUCCAGGACCUAGAUAUGCUCCAGCCGCGACUGAUGGACCUCAAAGGCUUCAGUGAUUUCUUUUCCACGAGACUGGGACCUAAGCUCGACCCAAAGGCUUUUUGGGGUCUGAUCGGGCUUGUUCUGACGAUUGUCCUGCCUCACGAAGAAGCAAUGAAACGAAUCGCUCAAAUGCUCAGUAAGCUGGGCUACUCUUGUGGAGACUUUCAAUUACAUGCACAUCAGAUUUCCAAUCUCUCGACAGGAGAAAAGGAGGCAUGCUUUGAGAUCUUCGUAUUGAUGACGAGGUUCCUUUUGGAUGUUGUCAGGUUUCUACGGGAAGCUGGAGAUAUUGACAAUCUCUCCUACGGUCGUGGCUACGCGCAAGAGUCGUGGGUUGAAUUGACGGCCACGUACGACAGAGCUCAGACCGAUAUUAACGAGCGGCUGAAUCGCAUCGAAAAGAUGGCAAAGUUUGGGAAGAAACAGACCGCCCAGUUAUCAUUCCUUUCCAGCUCGCCUCGUUCCUUCGUUGACAGUGCCAAGUUGCCAUGCUUCGUUCUACCACCUGCCAGUACGAAUCGAUUCUUCAACCGUGACGAAGUCAUCGAGGAGAUAGACAGCCAGUUUGAGGAGCAGAAGAAAGAAGGUCUGCGGUCGCUCGCACUCUAUGGCAUGGGCGGCGUGGGCAAGAGCCAUGUCGCUUUGAAGUACAUUGAGAAGAAGAAGGCAGAAAAAGGGCUACGUGCCAUCUUCUGGAUUCGCGCGGAGACUUUGUUCUCGGUCCAGGAGAGCUUCACCGACAUUGCUCUUAGGCUAGAACUCAACGGGGCUGGAAAAACCUUGCAUGACGAGAAUCGACUACUUGUGAAGAGUUGGCUACAGGAGACGGAAUGCAAAUGGCUACUGGUGUACGAUAAUGUGGAGGAUUUCGGUCUCCUGCGGGCUAAUUGGCCCUCGCCAGGAAGUCAGGGGUUGGCACUUAUCACGACACGGAAUCACUCGCUAGCUUUUGACCCAGCUAACGGAGGUCUCGAGGUUCUCCCAUGGGACACAGCGAAUGGUACCAAGUUCCUCCUACACCUCCUGGCCGGUCACGUUAGUGCAGAUCUUCUAGCAAGCGAAGCCAAGUCGGCGUACAGUUUGGCCGAAAGACUCAGUGGCCAUGCGCUGGCAAUUUCGAACAUGAGCGGACUCAUUCAUCGGCGGUCCUGGACCAUCUCCGAGCUUCUCGACAAAUACGGAAGUAGUUUGAACUUCAAAGACGGGUUGGAGGCAGUCUGGGAAAUUUCCUUCAAAAAUCUGAAGCCUGACAGCGCUACUUUGCUGGCUGCCUUCAGCCACUGCGCUCCUGACAGCAUUCCGCAUUCGCUCUUUGACUUGAAGGAAGCCGUGGACCUCCCCGAUAGCUUACUCUGGUUACUAGAUGUGGAUAGAUUUGACGAUGCAAUGGAAGAGCUCUUGACUCUGGCACUCGUUAAGAGAGACAGAAAGUCCGGGACGUACUCCAUCCAUCGGCUCAUCCAGACUCAUUUUCUACGUUACGUGACGCCAGAGAACCGGCAAAAGUCGUUCAUAGAGGCAUCGCAUCUAAUGGAAAACGUUUUCCCAAAAAGACCCGACGGCAAGAUAGCAACGAUGUACAACAUGUGGGAGCAAUGUCAACUGUGGGUGCAGCAUGUAUUGCAGCUCAAGAAUCGUUUCAGGCUGGAAAAGAGGCGCGAUCCUGGUUUCUACGCUUGCACGAAGACCUGCGCAAUGUGGGCUCAAUGUGGACGAUUUCUAUUGGAGCAGCAAACCUUUCCCGAGCUUGAGGACCUCGUCGAGGUAGGCAAACUGGCUUUGGCAACUCUACCUGAACAGGACCCUGAGCUGUACAACCUUACCUCGCCGAAAACGCAUAUUGCGCAAAUGUGGGCACGUCGAGGUCGUUACCGUUUGGCGAUAGAAGUGAUGGUGAGCGCACGCAACAUGAAGUUGACGGCCCCCCAGGAAGACCACCAAAACUCGAGCUGGAUGGCGAACAACAUAUCUUGUUUUUACUCCUGCCUAGGCGAGUAUGAGACCGCUCUGGAAUGGCAGGAAAUCAGCAGGGUGUGCUGGGAGCAGUGGGCCAAGUCUGAGAACGUUGAAUUUCAUUGGCAUCCGAACCAAAGAUACGGCCAGGGAAGAACUUUGGCGUACAUGAAGAAGUACGACGAAGCUAGAGGGCACAUAGACGAGUCCCUAGAAGACAUGAUGACAAGCAAGCCGGUCAUCUGGGGAACGGCAGGAGAGUGCCAGUUCUCUCGUGCUAGACUGGCCAUGUUUGAAGGAGACUUCAAGCUUGCUGAGCUCUUGUUCCAGAAGGCACAGAGCAUAUGGCUCAUGGGGAAUAGUUCCAGAACGUCAGACUUCUACGCGGCUACGAUCUACCGCAUGGGAUGUUGCGCGCUACUCGAAGGAGAAGUGGAACGAGCUGUGAAAUUUCUCCAAGAUGCGAUGGCAAUUACAACAUUGCGAAAGGAUGUCCAGGUGGGAGAGCAUGUCCGCAGUCUCUACAAGCUUUCAGAGGCUCUCUAUCGGAUGCCUGGUCGUGAAUUGGAGGCGGACCGGCUGCUCAAAGAAGCCGAGGAGCUCUACUGGAAGCGUGUCGAAAAGCCAAAAGCUGUUUCCGAGGAGGACCACGCAGAAUACGAAGUACCACAAAUGCAUCCGCAAGAGGAAGAUUACGACUCUUUGGUUUACAUGUUAUGGCGCUGAAUAUUGGAGGGAACUUUCAAAGCUCUACUGGUAUUGAAUCUGACUCUGGAGUUGAGAACCGAAGACACGAUCAGGAAUGCUGCCCUGUAACAAUCAUUCAUUGACACUCUAAAUGACUAUUUCAUUCCCUGCUGCCUGUGGCCUGAUGGCAUUCAUAGCUUCGUUGGCUGGCUUGUGAUGAGUAAGUAGUUCGCGGAAUUGGCAAAAACCACGUCAAUUGAUGUAGAUCAACGUGUCGCCUAGCUGGACAAAGCGAAACCAUUGGUCUUAACAAGUACAAAGAUUCUCAGCGUGCCUUUUCGAGGGGGCGACGGAUACACGCCUAGGAGAAGUUAAGUGGCAUAAG